AUGAACGUGGCGACCAGGAGGUCCUUCUCCGUCCUCCGAUCUGGCUGCCUCGCCGGCGGCGCCUCCACAUCUGCCGCGGCGGCGGUGAAUCCCUCAUCCGCCACCACCAGCCCGUCAACGCCAGGGAAGGGGCUCACCAGAGCACUCCUCCGGGGGCCCACAGCGCCAAGGGACCUUCCCCACACCGGCCGUGGCGCCACUAAUUUACUGUGCCCACCACCGGUCUCCUUCUCCAGGUCAACGGCAUCAGCCACCCUUUUGGGGCCGCAGGAUCCGAUUCUCCCCGCGCUAAUCGCCGCACAGAUCAGGUUCCUCUCGCCUCGACUCCAUCCGCGUCGGACAAUGGCGAUGAACGUCUCCUCUUCCGGCGGGGAGAAUGGUGCCGAGACGCCGGCGAGCGAGUCUAUCAGGGAUUCCGGCAGCCCUCCUUUCGUCAACAUCCCCGUGACCUCCACUUUGGCUUAUCCUCUGGAUAAUUCUCCCACUCCCAUAAAUGCAAGCUCUUCGAUCCGGAAGCCGCUGAGCCUGUGGCCGGGGACUUACCACUCCCCUGUGACACAGGCCCUCUGGGAAGCCCGAUCGAGCAUAUUCGAGAGACUGCUCGAUCCGGCUAACGACGGGCUCCCACAGAGCGAAUUGCUCACGAAGACCCCGUCCCAGAGCAGGACCAGCAUCGUGUACCACUUCUCCAAUGAUUACAUUCUCAGGGAGCAAUAUCGCGAUCCCUGGAACGAGGUCCGGAUCGGGAAAUUGCUGGAGGACCUGGAUGCCCUCGCGGGAACAAUUGCUGUGAAGGUAGGUGCCUACUGAGACUUUCUCUUUCUAUGCUAUUUAAUAUGGAUCAGAACAUCAGAUUUUCAGAACGCUUUCUUGGACUCCUCGCCGAACAAAAUUAUGAUCUCCAGUUGCUAUCUUCUCUUCAAAUGCUACCUCUUUAGAUUUGCAUGCAUUAAGCCAAGUUGGAAGUUCCCUUCUCUUUUUUCUUAAUCUGCCCUCACCCUAGUUCCUCUUCCCUGCUAAUUAAGCACUUCUGAGCCAUAUAUGACUGCUCCGAGGUGUUCUCCCCUAGUCCGAACAUAGUUCCACACGAGUACCUAAAUUAUUCCCGAGUUCUUUUCCCUGUACUGCUGUGGUAUUUCUUAUAAACUUUUUGAAAAGAGAAAGAAGUCAACGCAGCGUCUGUGUCGGGAAUUGCUGCCAUGUCGACAAGCUCUGAGCUCUACCACCGCUAACCAUGAUGAAGUUCCCCAGAUAUAAGAAGACUAAUUCAGGAGGUUUUUCUCUAAACAUGAUAUUUUUUAAGAACGCUGAUGAUGCUUAGAGCUGUAGAAACAUCUGAUUUCAUUUUUCGGGGAUUAUUAUAUCACGUAUGAGUUAAAUAUUACAAGGAUAAAUCUGUACAAAAAGAAUCUAACAUUUAUGCAGUCUUCACAGGGAUGUUCCAGACCCUACUGAGACCCCCAUCCCCCUUCAUUAUUUAGAGGAAAACGUUUAAUCCUCUCGAAUCAGCAGAGAAAAAGGCUUCUUACCCGUUUAGCACAAGAAAAAAAUGGACCACCACCCAAAAACCGUGUUGUUCUUUUGGGUACUAAUUUUUCGGUUUGGCAUCUCGCUAGAACUUUUUUUUUUUUUUCCUGCCAGGAUACUGAAGUAACCGUUCCCUUUUCUUCUCUCUGUUCUAGCAUUGCUCUAAUAAUGACAGCACGACGAAGCCUCUGGUGCUGGUCACCGCUUCUGUGGAUAGGAUGAUCUUGAAGAAGCCUCUCCGGGUGGACUCGGACUUGAAAAUCGCCGGGGCUGUCACAUGGGUCGGGCGAUCCUCAAUUGAGUUGCGGAUGGAGGUCACCCAGCUAUCACAAGGUACGCUGAAGAAUGACUAGAGUGGGCCGUCCAUUGGACUGAGACCUCUCUUUCCAUCUGUUCCAUGAAUGAUUGCCCUCAGACUCCCUUCUUUCUCUUGCAGAGACCGACAAGGAGUCGGAUUCUAUCGCUUUGACCGCCAACUUCACCUUUGUUGCACGCGAUUCAAAGACCGGGAAGUCGGCUCCUGUGAACCGCCUGGCCCCACAAACUGAGCUAGAGCGGAAGCUCCUCGAAGAUGGGGAGAGCAGGGACAGGCUGAGGAAGAAGAAGAGGGAAGAGGAUAGGAGGCAGUUCGAACAGGGCGGCCACGCUUUCCACGGCGAGCUGGAGAGGUUAAAGGCUCUGUUAGCCGAAGGCCGCAUCUUCUGCGAUAUGCCUGCCCUGGCCGACAGAGACAGCAUUCUGAUAAGGGACACACACCUCGAGAACUCUCUCAUCUGUCAGCCUCAGCAGAGAAACAUCCACGGGCGAAUUUUCGGAGGAUUCUUGAUGAACCGGGCGUUUGAACUGGCCUUCUCGACUGCGUAUGCAUUCGCCGGGCAGAUGCCCUGCUUCAUGGAAGUCGACCACGUUGACUUCCUACGACCUGUGAGUGCUUCCCCACUUCCCCCCCCCUCAUGAUUUUGUGCUGCUCCUUUACAUUUUUGCCCUUUCAGUGCUAAGCUUCUCGAGAUUCGUUUCCUUAGCUUUACCACUUCUGCUCCUAGAUUUGUUGAGAAAUGGUGUGUAAUAAAUAUCUACCAAGAAUCAUCUUGACCCAGUUCAGUGGUUCUCAAUGUGGAUUUCUUUAUUUACUUGAUCGGCGUUGACCGGCUCAGGUGGAUGUGGGGGACUUCCUGCGGUUCAAAUCGUGCGUUCUAUACACCCAGCUGGAGAACCCGGAGCAGCCCCUCAUCAACAUUGAAGUCGUCGCUCACGUCACCAAGCCGGAGCUCCGCCGGAGCGAGGUGAUGAUCUCUUGACAGGAUUUCUAAUAUGUUCCCCGCACUCCUCUCACCGCGCUUCCCUUGAAAUCAUCCAACAGGUCUCAAACACCUUCUACUUCACCUUCACCGUCCACCCAGAGAGCUUGAAGGACGGCCUGAGGAUCCGAAGCGUCGUCCCCGCCACCGAAGAGGAAGCCCGGCGAGUGAUCGAACGUAUGGACGCCGAGGAUUCUUACUUCUCCUCUGUGUAG